AUGGCGCCAGUGGCUGUGGUGACCGGCGCCAACUCCGGUCUGGGUCUUGCCCUUGCGGUGAAGCUGGCCAGCAAGCACCGGGUCUUUGCGGGGAUGCGCAGUUUGGCGAAGAAAGACUCCCUGAUGGAGGCAGCUUCCAAGGCAGCGGUCGUGGAGAAUUUGAAGCCAGUGGAGUUGGAUGUGAACACUGAUGCUUCAGUGGAAUCUGGCUUGGUACCUGCAUUGAAGGAGGUAGGUCGGGUAGAUGUGCUGGUCAACAACGCCGGCUACAGCCAGGCGGGAAGUGUUGAGAUGAUGACUAUGGACGCCAUGAAGGCCCAAAUGGAAACCAACCUCUUCGGAGUGAUCCGCUGCCAGAAGGCUGUUCUUCCCUACAUGCGGCAGCAGAAAUCUGGGAAGAUCAUCAACAUCUCCUCAGUGGGUGGCAUUUGGGGGCAGCCCUUCAAUGACAUUUAUUGCGCCUCCAAAUUUGCCUUGGAGGGGCUGGCGGAGAGUCAAGCACCCUUGUUCCGAACCUUUGGUGUGUACGUCUCCUGUGUCGAACCUGGCGCUAUCAAGUCAGCUUUUUGGAGCAAUGCCCAUGUGCCAGAGGCCAGUGCCAUGCCGCCAGAGUACAUGAAGCCCAUGCAAUCCACCAUGGCGGCCUAUGGCAAAUCUGCAGGGGCUGGGCAAACGCCAGAGGAGGUGGCAGAUGUGAUCAUGCAGCAGAUCAUUGAGGCUUCGGCGCCCCCUGUGCGGGUGCAGACCAAUCCAACCAUUCAGGCGGUCUUUGAAAAGCAACUGGGGCAGAAUGUCUCCGGAGGGGCGGCUUUGGAAAUGGCCACCAGCCGCUUUCUGGCAGAUGUAUAG